AGUAUAAUGAUGAAGAGACAGCAUAAAACCAAAUUUAAUUCAAAAGAAAUUUUAGCUCAGUCUCGCGGGAGUCGCUUAUUUGAUCGGAUGAAAAUUUUGAGACAAAAAAUCCCGAACAGUCGUUUCCUUUAAGCGUUAUCAGUUUAUUUUAUAUAAAAGUGUUAUGAUAAUGAUAAGUUUUAAUAAAUUAGGCUAUAUAUAAUCGUAAACUGGACUUCCGACGAAGCUUGUGAAAUAACAAUAAUAUAUUUUUGCAAUUCUAAGAAGAAAUACAAAUGAAUGAAAAGUGAAUUAUUAAAAGAAAAGUGAUUUAAAAGUGCCUUAAAAUGAUAGAAUAUAACAAUUUAUCAACAAAUAUGAUCAAUAAGUUCUUAUGGAUAGUUUUUUUAUUAGGAUACUUAAUUCAUUCAUCAGAAUCUGUGGUUUGUAAUACCACAUUAUGUGAUUGUGAAGGAUUAAAAGGAGCGCCGGGAAGUGUUGGAAUACCUGGUUUACCUGGCGUAGAAGGACCUCCUGGCGAAAUAGGACCUGAUGGAAUUUCUGGAGUUCACGGAGAAGAUGGAGAUCGAGGUGAAGUGGGUGAUGUUGGAGAAAAGGGAAUCAGGGGUGAUCAAGGAUUUUCUGGAUUAAAAGGAAGAGGAGGUUUUCCUGGAUUGCACGGUGAUGAAGGACCAAGAGGUCCCGAUGGUCUUGAUGGAUGUAACGGAACAGAUGGCCAACAAGGGAUCCCAGGAACACCUGGUAAUCAUGGUCUUCGCGGACAGCAAGGCGAAAUCGGAAUUCAAGGUUUAAGAGGUGAUCCAGGUGAAGGUGGAAUCAAUUCUAAAGGUACAAAAGGAGAACGUGGUACAGAUGGAAGAGAUGGUUUACAAGGGACACCUGGCUAUGAUGGAUUAAAGGGUGAAAAGGGCUAUCCUGGUAGAGACGGUCGUAAAGCUAAUGCUGGUGAAAAAGGAUUUAAAGGAUUCAAAGGCCCAACUGGUGAAUAUCAUCUCUACUGCAAGGGAGAAAAAGGAGCACCAGGAUCAGUGGAAUUCAUUAGUCCAAAUAUUACAAAUAUUAAAAAAGGUGAAUCUGGUCCUAAGGGAUUAAGAGGAGAAAUGGGAGAUGAUGGGCCAACUGGUCAACCAGGAAUCACAGGACCAGCAGGUUUUCGAGGUCAAAAAGGCUACAAAGGUGCAGAAGGAAAUGAAGGUGACCGUGGAAAACCUGGAAAAGUGGGUCCACAAGGUGCUUCAGGUGAAAAAGGAGCCAAAGGAGCGCCAGGAUAUGCAGGAAGAGAUGGAGCGACUGGUGUAAAAGGAGACAAAGGUGAUGAUGGUUAUGAAGGGAUGCCAGGAAAACAAGGUUCAUCUGGACCUCCUGGACGUUAUGAUCCUACUCUUGAUGAGAUUAGUAUCGGACCCAUUGGAUCUCAAGGUGAAAUUGGAGAAACGGGCCCGAUGGGAAUAUCAGGAAUUCCUGGUGACAUGGGUAGACGUGGUCUUCCUGGGGAUCAGGGUUUACCUGGUGAUAGUGGAACUGAUGGUUUAAGAGGACGCCCUGGAACAUCUGAAAAAGGUCAAAGUGGAGAUGAUGGUGAAGCAGGAUUAACUGGUCCUAUUGGAUUGACUGGAUAUCCCGGACCACAAGGACCAAAAGGACCAAUGGGAUAUAGAGGCGAAGAUAUAGUGCCCCUGGUGAACCAGGGACCAAUGGGUGAUGCUGGAUAUGAUGGUUUUGAUGGAGAAAAGGGGGACAAAGGUUUGAGAGGAGAUGAUUGUGGUUUUUGUCCUCCUGGUUUGCCUGGUGGAAAGGGAGAACGAGGAGAAUCGGGCAGAAGAGGCUUCCAAGGUUUACAAGGAAAUAGAGGAUUACCUGGUGAAAGAGGUGAUAAAGGAAUGAAAGGUAGAGGAGGACUAGCAGGAUAUCCUGGUAUUCAAGGUACUCAAGGACAACCAGGUCUACCAGGUGUUCAGGGAGCUAAAGGACACAAAGGAACGGUUAUAUACGCAGGAGAGCUAGUAAAACCAAAGAUUGGUGACAUUGGAGAUAAAGGUUAUCCUGGUUUACAAGGCCCCGAUGGAGAUAAUGGACCAGAUGGUGAAAAAGGUGUAGAUGGCAAAAUUGGAGAUCAAGGAUAUAAUGGCUUAGAGGGAUUAGCUGGUUUACCUGGUAAAAAUGGUACUGAUGGAUUUGAUGGAAGAAAUGGUCUUGCUGGAGGUAAACUUAAAAAAUUAGAAUUUGUCAAACUUUUAUUAAAAUGGUUCUUUUACAUUAAAGAAAACGCAGACAUGUUUACUUUUGGCGGGGAGCCUGGAGAAAGAGGAUUUGAUGGAAAAACUGGACAAAGGGGUGAUCGUGGUGAAAAAGGAAUAAAAGGUGAAAUGGGUUAUGUUGGGCCUCCAUUACUAGAUAAAAGAGGAUUCAAAGGCCAACGAGGUCCUGUUGGUUACCCGGGCUCAAAAGGAUUGAUUGGUGCCGAAGGUGAAAAGGGUAAAAGAGGAGAUGAAGGAGAGACUGGAUUAAAAGGUUUAACCGGUGAAAUACGAGAAGGCCCUGUUGGUGUAAAAGGCUACCCCGGAAUUCCUGGAAAUUAUGGACCAAGAGGAGAAGAUGGUCUACCGGGAUUGCCUGGUGAAAAUGGAAUCAAUGGAAUUACCGGUUUAAAAGGUGAAAAGGGAGAUGAAGGUUUUGUUGGAGCAACUGGAUUACCAGGUAUUCGUGGAGACACUGGAUUUGAUGGAUUUUUGGGACCUAUUGGAGAUGAGGGACCCCAAGGAGACACAGGUGUCAUGGGAAUCGUAGGAAUGCCUGGUGAAAUAGGAAGCUUCGGAGAAAAGGGUGAUAUCGGAAAUUCAGGAUUCACAGGCAAGAGAGGUUCAUUUGGAUUGUUUGGACUUAAAGGUGAACAAGGAGACAAAGGGUUACCAGGAUAUACUGGUUUCGAUGGUCCAAAAGGCAUCCGUGGAGAUGGAGGAAUUUUUGGUCCCCAAGGACAAAAAGGUGAGGCAUCAUUUAGCGGACCCAAAGGAGAACUAGGCAGUCCAGGCUUAAAUGGUUUGAGAGGAUUUGAUGGUAUCCCUGGAAAAAUUGGUCUCAAAGGACUUAGAGGUGACAAUGGCUUGAUGGGUGAACAUGGAGAAACCGGGGAUAUUGGUCGAGCAGGAUUCCCUGGGUUUAAGGGAAGAGAUGGCCGAAGAGGAAUACCAGGUGCUCCUGGUAUCGUUGGCGAAAUGGGACUAAUGGGGCCCAGCGGAGAAAUUGGGGAUGCAGGAUUCGCUUUUAAGGGAGAAAGGGGGUUGAAUGGCGAAAGAGGCGAUCAAGGUCUUCAAGGAGAAACUGGUGAUCGAGGUUUCCCUGGUUUAACUGGUCUUACAAGUCAAGGAUGGGGAACAAAAGGAGACAUUGGUGACAUUGGCUUAGCAGGUUUUCCUGGCCAUAUUGGAUUGACUGGAAGAAAAGGACAAAAAGGAGAUUUGGGAAUGAUGGGAGCUUUCGGUCUAGAUGGCAGACCAGGAUUGAAAGGUAUUCAAGGGGAGAGAGGCUUUAAAGGGGAGCGAGGUUUGAUGGCUGAAUGGGCUGAUAAAGGAGAAGAAGGUUUAUCUGGUUCUGAUGGAAUUUCUGGAAGACAAGGAAUAAGAGGUUCAAAAGGCGCACCUGGUGACUACGGACAAGAUGGUCUACCUGGAUUAAUUGGUGAAACUGGAACUAGCGCUGAUGGUCCUAAAGGAAUGUCUGGUGAAAUUGGAUUCCAAGGUCCCCCUGGAUUACCUGGUUUGGAUGGUUUACCGGGAAUAAGAGGAGAUGAGGGUCAAUCAGGCCAGAUUGGUGAUACAGGUUUAUCAAAGAGAGGAGGAAAAGGUCCUACUGGAGACAUAGGCUUGCCUGGUUUCGAUGGAAUUGACGGAUUAAAAGGCGAAAAUGGAGAUGUUGGAAAUGUAGGACGUCCAGGAUUGCGUGGAUUGAAAGGUGAAAGAGGUUUAACCGGUUUUGAAGGAGAACUUGGAGAAAAAGGUUUAAUGGGCAGGGAAGGUGAUAAAGGUUUUAAAGGAGAACCUUAUGAUUCAAGCUCAAUAAGACGACCUUUCCCUGGUUAUGAUGGCAUAAGAGGAGUAAAGGGAGAACCCGGAGAUAAAGGAGUUCCAGGUUUGCAAGGUGCUAAAGGACGUCUUGGCCUAAAGGGUUAUCAAGGAUUGCAAGGAUUGACUGGAUUGCCCGGUUCACAAGGAUUUAAGGGAGAAAAAGGUUUCAGAGGAGCUCCAGGGUUAGAUGGCUUAGAUGGUUUCCGCGGUCCACCUGGUAUAAAUGGAGAUCCAGCACCUCCAGGACCUCCUCCAAGAAGCAGAGGAUAUGUAUUUACCCGUCAUUCUCAAACAAUAGCAAUUCCAAGAUGUCCUGCUAAUACUAAUCUGUUGUGGGAAGGUUAUUCUUUUGUAUCUGUAAUUGGAAGCAGUCGUUCUGUGGGACAAGAUUUAGGUCAAUCUGGAUCAUGCUUAAGACAGUUUUCAACAAUGCCAUUUAUGUUCUGUAACUUGAAUAAUGUUUGCAGCUAUGCAGAAAAUAAUGACGAUAGUGUAUGGCUUACAACAGGAGAACCAAUGCCCAUGUCAAUGACACCAAUUCCUGCUAGAGAGAUGGAAAAAUACGUUUCACGUUGUUCAGUUUGUGAAACAACUACUAGACUUAUUGCUCUUCAUAGUCAGAGUAUGGAAAUUCCAGACUGUCCACAAGGUUGGGAAGAAGCUUGGAUCGGUUACAGUUACUAUAUGCAAACAUCCGACACACAUGGAAAUUCACAUCAAAACCUAAUUUCUCCUGGAUCAUGUCUUGAGGAAUUUAGAGCACAACCAGUCAUUGAAUGUCAUGGUCGUGGUACAUGCAACAUAUAUGAUGGAAUUACUUCAUACUGGCUUUCUGUCAUUGAAGAUCAUGAACAAUUUAAAAAACCUCGGCCGCAAACAUUGAAAGCUGAUCAAACAAGCAAGGUUAGUAGAUGUACCGUUUGUAGGAAAAUGGAUCGAAGCUUCCGAGCACGUCCUACACAGCCAACAAUACCAAAUGCCUCAGCAUUUUCACAAAAAGAAACGGAAACAUUCUUUCCACAACAAAGAGGAGACGUAGCAUUUGUUCAACCAAAUAUACCACUAGAAAAUCCACAGCCAUUGCCUAGAAGAAAGAGACCUCCUCAACGUUCUCGCCAAAAUCGUAAUAAAAAUUAUCAAAGAAAUCAGCAACAAUGAUAUAAAGUUAAAAUCCAUAAAAAUUAAAAAAGAAUUUAAUAUGCACCAAAAAUUGCUAUAAUUAAAUAUAAAUUUAAAAAAAAAAUAAUUGUGUUCAUAAUUUUUUAACUAAAUAGAUUUUUACUCAAAGAGAAAAGUUUAAUAUAUUUUAUUUUGUUUCAAAAAACUAUAAAUCAGCAAAUUAAAUAAAUUUACUAAAACAACCGAUUGAAAAAUCUCAAUGCAAAAUUGAAGAAUGAUUAAAGAUGUGUUUUUAUUUAUUUUUCAAUUAUAUGAUCACAUAUCUUUUUUCUUCUACAUAUCGGGUAAAUAUCUUUUCACUCAAAAUUACUUUACAAAUUCGGGAUUUUUUUCGAGGAAAUUAUCAGUAAAUUGUAAAUGGCUUUCAAUAAUACCAAACAGUUCUUGGGGAGAAGGAAUUCUCCCUGUCGAAAUUUUUGACCAUAUAGGAAUAUCGUUUAGCGAAAUUUCAAAUGCUCCACUUGAUACCAACUGAGCUUCCAGCAUAUUUCCAAAGAAAAAUGUCAUCAUUAUGGCAAAUAAUUUAUUCUCAAUUGCCCAAGUCCAAAACAUUGGUUGUGCCAUACCAAAAAAUCCAAACAGAUCAAAAGAACUUCCAAUUAGGGCCAUUAAAAGAUAUUUUGCAACAACCAAAACUUUAGAUAAAUACAUAUUAAUUCCAGAGGGUUCAUAGUUUGCUCCUUUUACUUGAAUAUCUGGAUACUUUUCUAGUAGAAUAUGUUCGUACUCCUCAAAUGCUUUACGAUAUCCACAAGAAUAACAAUAUAAAAAGUUAAUAGUCGGUGUUGCUGUUCCAAAUUUUUGAUUAGAUUCCUGACUAUUUACAUUAUUACUAACCACGAUUCCACUUAAAAUAAUAAGCGCUAAUAUAGACCAAUUUCGACAGAAAUAUUGAAUCAUUUUUCUUGUUGAAAAAAAUUAAUUUUAUAAUAAUUAAAUUUAGUUCUUUUCAAAGAUAAUCCAAAAAGUCGUAAAAA